GGAAUCGCGACCAAUAUCAGCGGACAGUCCGAGCCCUAUGCGGGAAUUCAAUUUCUAAGCCGUCACAGGCACCUGGAUUUCACGGUACCUGAAACGAGUGGGGGUCUUCCACUGCAGUUACACCGUCUGAGCUGUCAGAGACUGGACUGCUGGAGACUGGACUGCUGGAGACUGGACCGCUGGAGACUGGACCACUUGUUGAUGAGGUGUAGAAGCACAGACAAGAGCAAGGUCAAUUCCCUUAAAGGAAGAAACCCCCCCAAAAAAGGAGGGGACGGGAAGAAAGAGAGGCCCACUCUGCUGGAAAGAAAGACAGCAGUAAGAGGAACGAGAAGGAAAAAAACACAUUAGGACCUUCUCCUCAACGGCCUUGCACAUUUCCACCUCACUCACAACACAACACUCCCCCCCAACACUCCCCUUACCCAACUUCUCACCGUGCACUUGCACCUUACGCCGUCACCUCCUUCCUGCACGUUCACACACAUUCCUCAACCAUACCCUCUCAACGCACACACAAACACAAACGCACACCCUCCACGAUGAAAAUGAAGGAGGACCUGAAUCCCAUGCUGCUGCUCCUCUUCCACCUGAUGGUGUGGAUAUACACCUUCAUCUCCUUUCUGCCUGCCUACCUCCUCAGCUGGCACGCUGAGCCCGACCCCGGCUUUGGCGGCUCCGAGGCGGAGCGAGCCAGAAGAGCGAAGGCCCGUUCGGUGGCGGGACGCCCCGAGGGGCCCUACCGAGCGGUGCGAGCCAGCAAGAGACUGGCAACGUCGCUGCACCCCGGCGUGGACACCCUGGAUAAGAUGUUUGAGUACGCAGCGAGACGGUUCCCCCACAGAGACUGCCUGGGCACCAGAGAGGUCCUCAACGAGGAGGAUGAGAGGCAGAGCAAUGGGAAGGUGUUUAAGAAGGUGAUCCUGGGGGAGUACCGCUGGAUGUCGUAUGAGGAGAGCUACAGGGCCGCCUCCCACCUGGGCAGCGGCCUGGCGUGCUUGGGCCAGCAGGCACACAGCAACAUCGCCCUCUUCUGUGAGACGCGGGCGGAGUGGAUCCUGACUGCACAGGCUUGCUUCAUGCACAACUUCCCGUUGGUGACCCUAUACGCCACUCUGGGGGGUCCAGCGAUUGCCCACGGGCUGAAUGAGACUGAGGUCACACACAUCAUCACCAGCAGCGAGCUCCUGGAAACCAGACUCAAGCCCAUCCUAAUGGAGGUUCCUAGACUCCGGCAUAUCAUUGUAGUGGAUGACACGCCCACCACGUGGACUGGCUACCCACGAGGCAUCAGCGUUCACAACAUGGCCGACGUUCGAGAGCUAGGCGCACGGCCCGAGAACGUGGCUCAUGGCCGUAAGCAGCCCCUGGCCUCAGACAUAGCUGUCAUCAUGUACACCAGCGGCUCCACAGGCGUUCCCAAGGGCGUCAUCAUCUCCCAUAGCAACAUCAUCGCCGGGAUUACGGGAAUGGCUGAACGGAUUUCCAAUCUGGGUGAGGAUGACACCUACGUCGGCUACCUCCCUCUGGCCCAUGUACUGGAGUUGAGUGCUGAGCUCGUCUGUAUCUCCCACGGCUGUCGAAUCGGCUACUCCUCCCCUCAGACCCUGGCUGACCAGUCGACCAAGAUUAAGAGAGGAAGUAAGGGUGACACCAGCGUCCUGCAGCCCACUCUGAUGGCGGCUGUCCCGGAGAUCAUGGACCGUAUCUAUAAGAAUGUGAUGACUAAAGUGGAGGAGAUGAACUUUGUCCAGCGAACAUUGUUUAUUCUGGCUUACAACUACAAACUGGAGCAGCUCACCAAAGGAUACAGCACACCACUUUGUGACAAGCUGGUCUUCAGAAAGGUGCGCUCCCUGCUGGGCGGUCGGACACGGGUACUGCUAUCGGGUGGGGCGCCCCUCUCUGCUGCCACCCAACGCUUCAUGAACGUCUGUUUCUGCUGCCCUGUAGGACAGGGCUACGGCCUGACCGAGACCUGCGGUGCGGGCACCAUCAGCGAGUUUUGGGAUUACAGCACUGGGAGAGUAGGAGGACCACUGGUUUGUUGCGAGAUCAAAUUGAAUGACUGGUUGGAGGGUUGUUACCGUAGCACAGACCAACCAUGCCCAAGAGGAGAGAUUCUGAUUGGUGGGCCCAACGUAACCAUGGGUUACUAUAAAAAUGAAGCAAAGAAUCAGGAGGACUUCUUUGUAGAUGCAAGCGGACAGCGGUGGUUCUGCACAGGAGACAUAGGAGAAUUCCAUGAAGAUGGAUGCCUCAAGAUUAUUGACCGUAAGAAAGACUUGGUGAAGCUCCAGGCAGGAGAGUAUGUCUCCCUUGGGAAGGUGGAGGCCAUGCUGAAAAAUUGCCCGUUGAUUGACAACAUCUGUGCCUAUGCCAACAGUGAUGAGACGUACGUAAUUGGCUUUGUGGUGCCCAACCAGAAGCAGCUGCUAGCACUUGCGGAGGAGAAUCAUGUCCCAGGCUCAUGGGAGCAGCUGUGUAACAACAUGACCAUGGAGGAGGUGGUCCUCAAGGUCAUUACUGAGGCUGCUUUGGCAGCCCAGCUGGAGCGGUUUGAGAUCCCACGUAAGAUCCGACUCAGCCCUGAACCAUGGACCCCAGAGACAGGAUUAGUGACUGAUGCAUUCAAGCUCAAGCGCAAGGAGCUAAAAACACACUACCAGGAAGACAUUGACAGAAUGUAUGGCGGGAAGUAGUCAGCAAAAACCACCAGGGCAUAAUUUGUGAUCCAGGUUGCAGACCAGCACUCAGAAACACUCCCUGUCCCGUCUUCUCCAUGGGAAAGUUCUCCACCAUCCCCAGCCCUACCAGCACCACCACCAAAAAAGGAACAGCUACUUGAAUCUCCAGUGUAUCUUUGCUCUCCCAUGACCAAAAAAGAAAGAUUGAUAGAAUGAGGUAUAGAUACUAGAGAAUUGAGGCCACGUUGCAAUAUCCCCUUUACUGUGCAUGUACAAACAGGUUGGGAACACCUCAUAUUUAAAUGUCCGAUUUACAAGUAUUGCUUAAGCUUUGAGGACUGGUAAAAAAAAUAAAGUUGAGUUUCUUGAAGGAAAGCACUAUGAAAUGUCCCUGUACAAUGCUGCCUGUUCCUUUUCUUCAUCUAAGUGUGCGUCCUCUUUUAGGAGAUCUUUGUAAGUCUGUGCAUGAGUUAGUAAGUCGAAAGCUUUUCGAGGUGUGUUUUGAGCUGUUGUCUGAGUGCUGAGCUUGACGGAAACAAGUUUCUGUUGUUACCUUUUUUUGGACCAUCAAAAUCGUGAUGUCAUAUAUAUGUGGUGUGAUAACCAAUGAAACUCAUAAGAUGGGGGGAGGAGGGGUCAUUUCACUAAAAUUUCUGAAUCUCUUGUUGCGUUAUUCGUUUUCACUUCUGCUCAUUUUCAUUGACUAGCACAUAUCCCUUUUGCCUUUGUGAUUUCAGAUAACUUCUCAGCUCCAAGGAAUUCUGCAGAACUUUUUUUCUCAUAUCAAAACCCGGCUUUGCGUCGCAAUUAGUUUCCUGCGGGUCAGGAAAUGGUUCGUUCUUUUGUUUCUUUUUGCUGUUCGCUUGUUUUGAGUUCUGUGAAUGGUUUAUUUAGUUUCCCACCCACAGUCACAAGCAUUGACUCCAUUACUCGCGGGACGUCUCUCCCAUAAGCACCUCCAAUACAAAGAGGAAAAAGUCAUUUGAGGGCAAAUAAGGAGAGGUUGGUGAAAUGCUCAAGUCAUAUGUAGCCUAAUAAAGGCUGUUUUGUCAUGAUCACGACCAAAGAUAUUGUUCUGAUUUAUGACAUUGAUGAUAACCGGGCCUAAUAUUUAUAAAAGCGGAAAUAAAGACGUACUGCUGUUGUUCCUGCAGUGAUAGAAUAAUCUUUUUCUACACACAGUACAGUAAACACUGUGUGCACUUGGGAGAAAUGCAGAUGCACUUGUUUGCAUGAUAGCUGAAACUGCUGUUAUUGCUAUUCCUGAUGUCGCGACAUUGUGCUUUAUGAAAAUACGAUUUCCAUAAAAUUCAACAUCUCCAUCAAAAUUAUGCAAUGAUUACAAACCAAUGGGUGGGGGAAACAAACCGUUUCAAUGCACUUGAGUGUAUUAGUUGAAAAAUUGGUAGAUUUUGAUAAGUAUGGCCUCUGUGUGUACGGCCAACUUUUAUUUCUAAGAACUGUUAAAGCCCAUUUAGGGACUUGUUGCAUAAUUUACGCACCUGCAUGUGUGCACAAACACGGCGUCCCUCACAACGUGACACAUGAUGCCUUUCCUUGUGAUUCUGAGUGAUUUCUUUUAGAAGUGAGUCUCAUUUUUAAAAGGUGUUCCAGACAAUACGACACAACAGCUGAUGACAGUGUUUCUUGACAGUAUGUGUUGUGCUGUCACCCAGAGAUAACAGGCCUUUGUAAUUCCCAACUGAUUCUUUGUUGAUAUGUCCCUGUAAAUACAUGUGCGUGGAGCAGUGUUCACUGGAUGACGCAAAUGCAUAGUACCUAUUUUGACUCUAUUUAAGCUUUAUUAUCAUUUUCCAUUUCUUGAGCUUCUCUCCUGCUCUAUGUCGGGAAUCUGCCUUGUAACAUAAAUGCAACCUUCUGUAUUUAUUUGUAAUUUGCCUUGGAAAAUUAUCAAAUUAAGUAAAUAAAAAUUGUGUUUGGUCUACGCAGGCUGUAUUAAAUUGAGA